AUGGAGGUUGAGUUGGGGCUGAAGAUCACAAGAACCAAAGAUGAUACCACUUCCGUUUCUGAUUUUCAGUUUGCCAAAGACAGAUUAGGACCUGUCUUCUUUUCUAAAGAAACUGAUGCAAAGCUCAUCCUCACUGCACAUCUUAAAGGAUAUAAGAAAGAGGACAUUGACAUCAAUAUCAGUAAAGAUGGCACUGAGAUUUCGGUGAGUGGGGAGAAGGAGGUGCAGGAAAUGCAAAUGAUACCAUUCAAGAAAGAACUCAAAACCAAAGAGUUUGUGAAGAAGUUUAGAAUCCCUGAUGGGGUGGUUUUGGAUCGGAUCAAGGCGAAGUAUAACGAAGUGGAUGCAGUUUUGACAAUAGUGAUGCCAAAAAUGGAAGUGGGAAAAGGAAUGAGUGAAAUCGAGGAGGUGCAGGAAGAAGCAGAGCCAAUUGUGGCAGAAAAUGUUGUAGAUAGCGUGAUAACAGAGCCAGAGGAAAGAGAGCCAGAAAAGGUUUCAGAUAAGACUGAAGAGGAAACACCUCCAGUGAAGAAGCCCAAAAAACCCUGGACUCCUUGUCCUCCUUUCUAUUUUGGAGGAUCAACUUUGCUUGUAACUCUUCUACUUCUUGUGAUGCACUAUAUUAGAGCUAGAAAGAGUUAA